AUGAAUUGUAAAGAACAUUGUGCUACAUUUUUAAAGUUUAAAAUAUAAGAAUAGAAACCCAAUAGAAAUAUUGCAGAUCAAAAUCAAGGUAUUUCAUAGAUAAAAGUCAUCAAAUAACAUUUUUUAAAUUAGAAUAAGAUUGUAAAUAUAAAUGUCUAAUAAAAGAAUAAUAUUGAGCAAUUAUAAUAAGCAACAUUAAAUCUAUAUUAUGCUAUGUAUUAAAUAAAGGAAAAAAGAAAUAUAUAUAUGAUACCAUUUACUUAAUUAAAAUUUGAUCAAUCUGAUUGGUUGAUUAUGGCUAUUAAAAACCUAAUUGAAGAAAAAAAUAAAAUUAUUGAUGAACUUGGAGAAGCAGAAAAAAAUAAAUAUGAAAAUGUUUAAAUAAAAUUUAUAUUAAUAGGCAAUUAAGUGGACCUAGAAAAUUAUUGAUUCUUAAGAGGAAUUCGAUGAUUUUUAUAUAUAAAUCUUAGAAGUCUCUAAGUAACUUAAAAAACCAUAAUUAAAUGAGUAAUUUAGUAAUUUGUUAGUUUUACAGCAAAACUUAAAUGUUAAUAAAUUUUUAAAGACAUUUUGCUUUAUUCAAAAUAUUAAAUUAGAUCCAAGCUAAUACCCUGAAGUUUCAUAAUUCUCAUCAGAAAUAGAUGAAAAAAUGAAUUAAAAUUAAAACUAAUUUGAUAAUAGUUCAAAAAGAAAUUUGUAUUUUAAUUUCACAUCUGAUAUUGAAUAAAUAGACAUAGACUUUUGGACAUUUUAUAUGUCAGAUUAUAAAGAAACAAAUAAAUUAAUAAUUUUAUAUCCAAUUAUUUAAAAUAAAAAAGAAAGGUAAUUAAAAAAUAAUACAAGAAAUGAAUUAAUAAUUCCAAUUAUUUAUAAUAAUUCAGUCCAAGAAUAUCAAAUGAAAAUUAUUUAUAAGUCACUCCUUGAAUAAUAAAUCAAAAAUUUCAAACCAGAUUACAUUUAUUUUGAAUAUUAAAUAUCUGAUUAAUUUAUAUUAGAUUUAAAUGCUUUAGAAUAUUUAAUAAGAUAACUAUAAAAAAGUGCAAAAUUAAUCAUUCAUUUUAGAAUUAGCUAAAAUUAAGAUUUUUCAGAAUAUCAGCUAUCAACCAAUUUGAAUGCAAUAGUUAUGGGACUAUAAGGAUUGAAAUAUUCAGAGAGAAAAUUUAUAAGCGAAAAUUAGUAUAAAGAAAUAGUAAAUUGGACAUUUGAAAUGAUGUAGUUGAAAGAAAAUUAAAAUAAAAAUAUCAAUUUAUCACUUUAAAGUGAAUUACAAUUAAUUUAAAUUUAAAUUUAAAAUAUAUAAAACAAGAUAUUUGGAUUCAAAUAAGAAAGAAAUGAAUUUAUAUGGAUAAAGGAAGAUAAUGUUAAUAUUAAUACUUAACAUUUUGUUUAUAAAGAUACUAUUAUAUUAUAUAAUAAACUGAAUAGAGAUAUUUAUUAUUGUUCGCCAAAACCCUCUGUCAAAAAUAUAUAAAAUAUUCCAUAGAAAAUUGAAUUGUAAAUAUUAGAUCUAUUCUAAGCACUAAGAUAAAUUUGGGUAACUAACAAAAUCCAGUUGAACCAAGUAUAAUCAAAAUAUAAAAUUAUUUAAUAUUUGCAUAUGGACAUAAUAAAAAUAAUAAUAAUAAUGACUAAGAGUUUUCUGAUAAAAUAUGGCUUUAUGAUUUGUAAAAUAAUUAAUAGUUACCUAUUAUAAUGAGUAGAGACGAGGAUUACGAUGAAUUUAGACUUCCUUACUAUAAUAAGGUUAGAAAUUCUCAAGAUAUUGUAAAUAGAAUUAAAUGGAGGAGAGCUCCAUAAAUUUGUAAAAACAUUAUGUUUAAUGAUGAUAAUUAAGACUUUUUAUCUUUUAUUCUAAUAGGAGGUGAAACACUUUAGUAAAAACAAGCUUAAUAAUCCAAUUCUAAUUCAAUAAUGAAUAUAAUAGAAGUUGUAAUAUUGAAUCUGAAAAAUUAAAAAUUUUGUUCAUUUAUUGUGAAUAAAUCAUUAUUAUCUAGAUUAUCUUCCUUAAAACCUUGGCCUUAUUAGACAGUACUUGAUGCUAAAUUAGAGAAUACAUAUUUUUAUUUAGUUUUAAAUGGAAAUUAAACUACAAGAUAGGAUUAUUAUUCAUUUCCAAAAAACCCUCAAUAUCUUAAAUAAGCUUAACUUCUACUUUAAUCAGAAAAAACAUUUUAACUUUUCAUCCUAUCUAUUAAACACUCCUAAGAUUCAAUAUUUUAAUUAGAUGAACUUGUUGAUGAUUGCAAACUUUAAUAUUUUGUUGAGUAAAAAAAGGAAAAUAAUUGUUUUGUUUGGAAACUUAUAAUUACCAGAUUUGUUUUGAUUUCAAAUUAAUUAAUAAAUCAUCGAUUAUUGAGGCCAUUAGAAGAUAUAUUGAAAAAAAUGUAAAAAUAGAGUAUUCAAUUUUGUUAAUUAUGCUUUUAAGUAAAUGUUAAACUGAAUUUAUAAGUUUAAGAAUAAUCAACUUAAAGUUACUAAGAAUCUUAUGUAGAAAUAGAUUAUGAAAAGAUUGAACUAUUGCAAAAUAACAUAUGA